ACGGCUGCCGCGGCGCGGGCGGCGUUGCAGCUCCCUCCGGCGCCCGCGGCCGGACCCCGCCAUGCUGCCCGCCGCCGGCGGCCCGGAGGCGGCCCCCGCCGGGCCCUACACCUACUGCAGCCGGCCCCGCGCCCUGCCCGCCCGCCCCAAGUACCGAGCGCCGCCGCCGGACGCCGCUGAGCCGGAGAAGGAACCCGUUCGCUACGCCAACCUCAUGUAUGACAGGAGAGUGGUGCGCGGCAACACUUACGCCCUCCAAGUCGUACCUGUGAGUACCCAACCCAGUCCCCUUGAGAUUCAAAGGCAGAAGGAAGCAUGGAAAAGAGCACAGGCUAGAAAGCGCGCAGAAGAGCAAAUGCAACAAAGAACACCUGAGCCUGUGGAAGGCAGAGAGCAUAUUCAUGUGCAAACAGAGCUGUAUUUGGAAGAGAUUAGUGACCGGAUAAUAGAGGUUGAUAUAGAGUGUCAAACAGAUGCAUUUUUGGACAGACCACCCACUCCACUCUUCAUACCAGCCAAAACGGGAAAAGAUGUGGCCACGCAAAUAGAAGAAGGAGAGUUGUUUGACUUUGAUGUUGAAGUCAAGCCAAUCCUGGAAGUGUUGAUCGGGAAAACGGUUGAGCAAGCUUUGCUGGAAGUCAUGGAGGAAGAAGAGCUGGCCCAGCUGUGGGCACGUCAGCGUGCCUACGCAGAGCUGCGUAAUGCAGAACUUGCUGAAGUACAGCGCCUGGAAGAGCAGGACAGGCGAUACAGAGAGGAGAAGGAACGUCGCAGAGUCCAGCACAUGCAAAUGCUGCAGAAACAGAAAGAGACCACAGAGAAAAUUGCAGCUCGGGCAUUUGCUCAGCGUUACCUGGCUGAUCUCAUUCCCUCUGUCUUCAACAAUCUUCGUGAGAGUGGGUUUUUUUAUGACCCUAUAGAAAGAGAUAUUGAGACAGAAUUCCUUCCAUGGCUGAUGACAGAAGUGGAAGAAACACUAGAAAGGAAGAUUCUGGGGAGGAUAGUUCUUGACUCCUUGAUUUGUUCAGUGGUUGAAAAACGCUUAGAUGCAUUUAGCCAUCAACCUCUGUCUGAUCAGGCACUUGCUGAAGAGCUGAGGCCAACAGAUGCAGCACCUCAGGUGGCCAGUGAGACAGAGGCUGCUGACCAACCGGUCACAGAGGAAGAAGAGACUGAUCAACCUGUUGCUGAGGAACAGCCUUCACGUCACAUCUCAUUCCAGUUAGAAGAAUCAGAUCAAGCAGGAACAGAGGAUUUGGAAACUGACUAACAAGCAGGCAAGUCAUCAAGUAAAUGGAGAUGAAUGAAGAAGCUGAAAGAAGAAAUUAAUUCCUAUCUAUUUUAAAUUAUUGUGCCCAAGUCAUGGUGAAGGAUGAACCUAAGUAACAGUUGAGCAUUAAAGCAUGUUUUCCAUAUGCUGACAUUGCUGGUUUCAGGCUGUAAGAAUCCAGCUAGAGGUUACUAGUGCAAUGAAUGGCAGUGAAAUUCUAUCCCCUUCCACACAAUCCAAUACAUCAAAAACCUGGGAUGUUUACAGUUGAAGAGUAAUGCUGUCCCCCACCCUGUGCUCAAAGGUUUUGAGACGGACAUUGAGAGCAUCCUAAUAACCUUUGCAAGUGCUUCGGUAAUGUUCUCAGAACAGAAUUUCCUUACUUUCCUUAUUUUGAAAGGUUGCUGCUACAGCACUUUCAAAAGUUUCAAAAGUUUCAAAAGAUACAUUUCUUUUCACUUAUGUUAGUCCUGACAAACUUGAACGGGCACCUCAGCAGGUAAUAGAACAAAGGCUGUUGUUCCUGAAGCUCUUCAGGUUCAAAGAGUUAUCUGCCACUGGGAGUUUCUGCCAGUGCAAAACCCUCCUCAGCCUCCUGACUCCCAGAGCGCUGGUGGGAGGCUGGAGCCAUGUGCUAAGUCCAGCCUCAGUUUUCUUUGUAAUCGUCCUUUCCUGAUGGUUCACUGGAAAUGGUACCAGGCAUGACUAACAAAAUGCGCCGGCACCGCCACAUGUAUCUGUCUGUUCACAGGCCAGCUCCACAAGUAGGGCAUUCCCCCUCAUAAAAUUAUAUCUGCACUCCAUCGCAGCAACACUGUUUCCUUGCUAGCUGCGCCUGUGGAAGAAGUCCUGCCUUGUCCAGACUGUGUUGUGCUACCUCCUCUCUCAAGUUAGAGGAGCUUUGUGCUAUCCCAGCAGGCCAGAUCCCACUCUGAGAGUGGGAUUUCAGGAAUGACACUUGAAGAGACGAGUACCUGCUCCACAUCUCAUACCCUCAAAAGGGACGUCCAGACUUUUCACUGGGCUACUUGUACACGUGGCUUAACAGGCAGACCCUUCCUGGGCUAGGACGUCCAGAGAUAAUCAGGGCUGCAAUUGCUUAUGUGGAAAACUCCCUUGGAAGGUGUCAGGCAUUCACCUGUCCCUGUAGGUAGCUGAAAAUCAGAAAUAAUGAGAUGUAAGCACCAACAAAUCCACUUGGUGGUUUGAUGUAACAUGAAUGUGUUAAAACUGAGUGUCUGGAGUCACAUAGUACAGAUUGUAGAUAGACACACCCGUGGAUGCUUUUCAAAGUUGGAAUAUUCCUCUGUAAGCUCCUUCUCUGUGUGCUAAGUUGACAGUAUUUCAACAAAGUGGGUUUGCUUUUUCAUUUAUGAUUGAUUCUUCAAAGCAUCCAGCAGAAUGUGUUACAUGUAUGAAAUUACGGUAGUCAGUGCUCACUACAUCUGUCUAUAAGUUUCUAAGAAUAAUUUAUUUUUAUGCAUAUGACUGAAAUUGAAGGCUUGAAAUGAGACCCUGGUCUAGGCAUUAAAGUCAGUGGGAGGAUUACCUCAAUUUCAGUAGGACCAAGAUUUUGCAUUGGGUUUUUUUUUCCCAUGAUGAUGGAGACUCCUGACAUGACUUCAGGUAAAUAAGGUAAAUAACUUAAGACUAAUUUUAUCUAGAGAAAUGAAAAGGUUUUGUGACAUGAUUCAUGAGAAUUGUAAAUGUUUCAGCUCAUUUUUGGAACACUGUAUGUCAGUUCUAAGGAUUCCUCAUUACCGAUUCAUUAUUUUGUCAUGUAUUUACAGGAGACUUAGCAUAACCUAGAGGACUGCCAUGGAUGAUUCCUGAAAAAUUCAAACAAAUGCUGACUUGUAUAUUUGCUUUUGGAACGUUUCAAUAGGCAGGUGAUCACCUGGAAUAGUUUCAUUUUUGUUACUCCUGCUCUGUGUUUGAUUUCUAGAAAAUUUACUUGAAGUGUUGAAUUAUUCUGUAUAAAUAGGUUGUGGCAUUAUUGUGUAUUUUAAAAUUAUUAUUAAAAAAUAAU